UAAUCCGCGAUAAUAAAUUCACGUUCGCAGUUGCGAUCUUCAGAAAUUUUGUCUUGUUACGAAUUACCAGAUUACGAAUAUGACCACGUUUGGACCGUCCGUUUGGAUUAUUAUAUUGACGACUCUUUCAUUUAGCACCGCUGAGAGGCGGUUUAUAUUUGACACCUUUGUAAAGAUACAAACCCAGUUUGAAUCCUGGCAAUCUUGGAGCCCUUGCUCGGGAUCCUGUGGGGAGACAGGAACUAGAUUUAGAACUCGUGGUUGUCAUCACGUGAUGGUAGGAUUUCUUAAGUUUUCCCACGAAUGUCCGAUAGAAGGCGAGGAGACGCAGACUUGUGUAGGCGAUUGUUCAACUUUGUCUACCGUAAUAAAAACAACACUGUCUCAAGCUUCAACGACUUCUUUGCAGAAACACUCAACAGUUAAACCUGUUUCAUACACUCGAAUAUGGCAAACUCUGGUAACACUUAAAGGAAAAUAAAGUUGUUGCAUAUUUAUGUAACACCCUGUU